UUAUUUAGUUAUUAUUAUAUUUGCCUAAUUUUAAAAAAUGUGUAAUUGUACAAUUAUUGCAAAAUUAAUUCCUUGGACUUUAUUUGACGAGAAUAUGCAGAAUUGUUUACCUAUUGAAAUGAAAAAACAUUUAGCAACAAUAAACAUUAGCUUAAAAUUCUUCAUUGAAAAUAAGAUAAUUUCAUCAAUGAAAUGGACAAAAGAUUCGUUAAUAUUAAUUGAAGCUUGUUUGGAUAAAACAUGGGAAGCAUUAAAUUCUGGCCAUUGGCAAUCUGUUCCUAUUGAAUAUCGAUAUUGUUACACUUUAUGUACUAUUUUAAAAACAGUACUAUUAGAAUUUCAAUAUUAUAAUAAUAUCGAAGAAUUUACAAAAAAUAUAAUUUUAUUGAAGGAUAUUAUUCAGCAAAUUGAUAAAGGUAUUUUAUUAGGAGCACCACUUCCAAAUAUACCUGAUUUAUUACCAAAAAUUGCAAGAGAAUUGAAUAAUUAUAUCACAAAAUCAACAGAAAUAUUGGAUUUAAAAAAAUUAAAUAUUGAUUCUAAAAAUUCAUAUGAUUUUAUUUUACCUGGAUUUAUUGAAAUUACUCAAUUUAUUGAACCCUCAAUGGAACUAUUUUACAAAGAAAUAUUUAUGCCUAAAGUACCUGCAAUAUUAAAAGAUUGUAUUAAACAUUGGAAAGCUUUAAAACAAUGGAAGGAUUUAAAGUAUUUAAUUGAUGUGGCUGGAAAUCGAUUGGUACCUAUUGAAAUUGGUUCACGUUAUACUGAUGAAAAUUGGUCACAACAACUUCUUAAUUUUUCAGAAUUUUUACAAAAAUAUAUAUUAACAAAAAAUGAUCAAAUUGGUUAUUUAGCUCAGCAUCAAUUGUUUGAACAGAUUCCUGAAUUGAAAGAUGAUUUUACAAUUCCUGAAUAUUGUAAUUUUACAGAUAAUGAUGAUGUAAAACAACCAGAUAUAAAUGUUUGGUUUGGACCUAAUGGAACUGUUUCACCUUUGCAUUUUGAUCCCAAAAAUAAUUUUUUAUGUCAAGUAUUUGGAUAUAAAAGAAUUAUUUUAUAUCAUCCAAAUGAUUCAUCGAAUUUAUAUCCAUAUGAUACAAGAUUAUUGAACAAUACUGCACAAGUUGAUCCUUUAAAUCCAAAUUAUGAAAAAUGGCCUAAUUUUAUUAAAGCAAAAGGUUUAAUGACUUAUUUAAAACCUGGAGAAAUGCUUUAUAUUCCUCCAAAAUGGUGGCAUCAUGUAACUUCUUUGACUUCAAGUUUUUCAGUUAGUUUUUGGUGGAAUUAAAUAUAAAAAAUAUAUAAUAU